GCGCGCUUAAACAACAGGUGGUUGUAGUGUUUUGAAAGGAACCCAGAAGGUGAAGGUAUGAUGUCAAACGACUGCCAGCUGGACGAUGAGACUUCAAUAGUUUAACAGAUAUUAAGAUAUUUAUACAACCAUGGACAAACUCAGGGCAUUUCUGGGUGGUCGUGAUCAUGGAAACAAUGAAAACCGUAAUGUACUGCAGGUGGCGAAUGAAGCGUCCACGCUGGGAUGGGGAACUCGAGUGAAAGGAUUCAUCGCCUGUAUGGUCAUCGGAAUAGUUUGUUCUAUCUUGGGAGUGUGUUGCCUGUUUAUUCCCAAAAUGGGUAUAAUUAUCUUCAUUGUUUUUUACACAUUCGGCAAUGUAUGUUCCUUAGUAAGCACUAUGUUUUUGAUGGGACCUGUCAAUCAGCUGAAACGUAUGUGUGACAAGACCAGAGCCUUUGCUACAAUUGUUAUGAUAACAUGUCUAGUUCUCACACUAUGUGCAGCAUUUUGGUGGAAAAUCUUUGCACUUACUUUGCUGUUUGUCAUUCUGCAAGUCAUUGCAUUUGCUUGGUAUGGGCUAUCAUAUAUUCCAUUUGCAAGAGACGCAAUCCUGAAGUUUUUCUCCAUGCUGUGCUCAAAGUGUGUGAAAUGAAGACUUUUUUUAACCGUCUCUCAGCGAUGCCACUCCACAAAUGAUCAACAAUACAACAAGAGUUUCCUAGUAAUAAUGUCUAUUUCGACAUUUUGCUGGUCAAAGUAAAGUUCUAACCAAAGUACAAGACUGCUAUUUACUGAAUGUGUUUUAUUUUUUUACAAACAUUGUAAAACAUAAAGCCUACAAGAAAGAAACUGGAUAUAUAUAAAUAUAUUGGAAUUGUAGCUACUACUUGAAUUACCUUUUUCUUUUUGUCAUUCUUAUUGUAUAAAAUGAACAGAUCCUGUA